GUCAGAGUGGGGAGAUAUUCAUGCAGUGACACUAGGACUUUUCCAGGCCAAUGAGCAGCAGCAGCAGCAUCAGAAGAGGUUAACGUGCAAACAACAAAAGGUAAAGAUCUGGACUCAGAUAAGAGCAGGCUCCUAUCCCAGCCCAGACACUCCCUAGCUCUGCAAACCUGAGCUAUUACCCAACCUUUCCGAGCCUCCAGCCCUCAUCUGGGAAGCAGGACAACUCCUACAUUGCAGGGUUGUUACUUUAAACAAACAAACAAAAAAAAAAAGCCACCAAUCCAAAGGUCCUUCACAUGGUGUUUGUGCCCCAUGGCAUCCUCCUGAUGUCCAAACACAAGAGCAAACUCCAGCCGUGAGGCAGGGGCCUCCGUUCCACUUGAGCUUCAUCUGUCUUCCCCUCCUUCGUUCAUCCUUUCAGUUGACACAGCGCCACGAGGAGGUACACACAGGACUGUGCCCUUUGCAGGGCACAAAGUGUGUAGUGACGGACAAGACAGAAAGGGUUCUUCCUGCCUUUGGCGAACUUACUGUCUGGGCGAUGAGCCAGGUCAUAAACAGAUGAACCCCGAAAGAGAUCUAUGAAUGCACACUGCCGAAGUGCUGUAGGGGGAAAGGGUCCUGGGAGGGGACACGCUGGGAAUACCUGGCUCAGGCAGACGGGGAUGGGGAGGAAGAGAGGAAGAGUGCUUCUCUGGGAGGAAGUGACCUUGGAGCUGAGGUCUGGAAGGACAAGAAGCUGGGUGGAGAGCAGGUGCAACGGGUCUGACGUGAACAAGGAUCUGUCGGCACCCAGAAGUGAAAGGAAGCCAAGUGGCUGGAACACAGAAAAUCUAAUGUAAUGGAUGCACUUAGUUUUGUAAUGGGAGAGAAAACAGCUAAUUUAAGAGUGAAAAAUAUUCAAGAACUCAUUUACGGAGCACAUAUUGGAAAACCUGUCUCUUCUUUUGCGAGUGUAAAAAUUGUGUACGUGGAGGAAAGUGGAGAGGAGAAAACAUUUACAAGGAUUAUCCGAGGGGGAUGCUCAGAAUUUCAUUUUGAUGAUAAUCCAGUGAGUCGUUCUGCUUACAUAGCCGAGUUGGAAAAGAUAGGCGUAAUGGUCAAAGCACGGAACUGUCUCGUUUUUCAGGGAACUGUGGAGUCGAUUUCAUUGAAAAAACCCAAAGAAAGAACCCAGUUUUUUGAGGAAAUCAGCACUUCAGGAGAGCUCAUAGGAGAAUAUGAGGAAAAGAAAAGAAAGUUACUGAAAGCUGAAGAGGAUGCACAGUUUAAUUUUAAUAAGAAAAAAAAUGUGGCGGCAGAGCGCAAACAGGCAAAGUUAGAGAAAGAAGAGGCAGAACGUUACCAGAGUCUCCUUGAAGAACUGAAAAUAAACAAAGUACAGUUACAGCUUUUCAAACUAUAUCAUAAUGAAAGGAAAAUUCAUUUUCUGAACACUGAGUUAGAGCGUGUGAACAGGAAUUUGAGUGUCACAAAAGAGUCUCUUUCUGAUCAUGAAAACAUAGUUAAAGCCAAGAAAAAGGAACAUGGAAUGCUAACUAGAAAACUACAACAAACAGAAAAAGAGUUAAAAUCUCUUGAAGCACUUUUAAAUCAGAAAAGGCCUCAAUACAUUAAAGCCAAAGAAAAUACUUCUCACCACCUCAAGAAAUUAGAUGUGGCUAAGAAAUCAAUAAAGGACAGUGAAAAACAAUGUUCUAAACAGGAAGAUGAUAUAAAGGCCCUGGAGACAGAGCUGGUUGAUUUAGAUGGUGCAUGGAGAAGUUUUGAGAAGCAGGUUGAGGAAGAAAUCUUAUACAAAAGGCGAGACAUUGAACUAGAAGCCAGUCAGCUGGAUCGUUAUAAAGAACUUAAGGAACAAGUAAGAAAGAAAGUGGCUAUAAUGACCCAACAACUGGAAAAGCUGCAGUGGGAACAGAAGGCUGACAAAGAAAGACUGGCAUUCGAGAAGAGGAGGCAUGGAGAAGUUCAGGAAAAUCUAAAACAAAUAAAAGAGCAGAUAGAAGAUCAUAAAAAACGAAUAGAGAAGUUGGAAGAAUAUACAAAAACAUGCAUGGAUUGCUUGAAAGAGAAAAAACAGCAAGAGGAAACCCUAGUGGUUGAAAUUGAAAACACAAAAUCAAGAAUGUCUGAAGUUAAUGAAGAAUUGAACCUUAUUAGAAGUGAAUUGCAGAAUGCUGGAAUUGAUUACCAUGAGGGAAAACGUCAGCAGAAGAGAGCAGAAGUUCUAGAACACCUUAAAAGACUUUACCCAGAUUCUGUGUUUGGAAGACUGCUUGACCUCUGCCACCCUAUUCAUAAGAAAUACCAACUGGCUGUUACUAAACUUUUUGGUCGCUACAUGGUUGCCAUUGUUGUAGCCUCUGAAAAGGUAGCAAAAGACUGUAUUCGAUUUCUGAAGGAGGAAAGAGCUGAACCGGAGACAUUCCUUGCUCUCGAUUACCUUGAUAUCAAGCCAAUCAAUGAAAGACUGAGGGAGAUUAAAGGCUGUAAAAUGAUGAUUGAUGUCAUAAAGACUCCGUUUCCUCAGCUGAAGAAAGUAAUUCAGUUCGUGUGUGGAAAUGGCCUUGUCUGUGAGACUGUGGAGGAAGCAAGGCAUAUUGCAUUCGGUGGACCUGAAAGACGGAAAACAGUAGCUCUUGAUGGAACAUUAUUUUUAAAAUCUGGGGUGAUCUCUGGAGGAUCAAGUGACUUAAAAUACAAGGCUAGAUGCUGGGAUGAGAAGGAGAUAAAGAACUUAAGAGACAGAAGAACCCAGCUGAUCCAGGAAUUAAAGGAUCUAAUGAAGAUACUUCGCAAGGAAGCUGACUUGAAACAAAUACAGACUCUAGUACAAGGAACUCGUACACGACUCAAAUAUUCCCAGAGUGAACUAGAGAUGAUUAAAAAGAAGCAACUUGCUGCUUUUUACCGGGAGCAAUCUCAGCUACAGAGUGAGCUGCUGAACAUUGAGUCUCAAUGUGCCAUGUUGAGUGAAGGUGUGAGAGAACGGCAACAACGAAUCGAAGAGUUUCAAGAGGAGAUAGACAAGGUCGAAGAUGAUAUUUUCCAACACUUCUGUGAAGAAAUUGGUGUGGAAAAUAUUCGUGAAUUUGAGAAGAAACAUGUUAAACAGCAACAAGAAAUUGAUCAAAAAAGAUUAGAAUUUGAGAAACAGAAAACUCGGCUUAAUAUUCAACUUGAAUAUAGUCGCAAUCAGCUGAAGAAGAAGCUGAAUAAGAUCCGUACAUUAGAAGAAACCAUCGAAAAAGGCAGAGAAGACAUCGAUAACCUAAAGAAGGCUGAAGAAACUUGUCUGCAAAUUGUGGAUGAACUCAUGGUGAAGCGGCAGCAACUUAAGGACGUAUUUGUCACUCAGAAUGCCAACACGGAGAAGGUCCAAGCUCAGCUUGAAGAAGAACGGAAGAAAGUUCUGGCUAUUGAUAGGGAAGCGGGAAAAUGGCAAAAAGAAGUUGUCAUCAUUCAGACUUCUUUGGAACAGAAACGGCUAGAAAAGCACAAUAUGCUGCUUGACUGCAAAGUUCAAGACCUUGAAAUAAUUCUUUUGUUGGGAUCGCUGGACGACAUCGUUGAAGUGGAGUUGGGAACUGAAGCAGAAAGUACCCAGGCAACAAGUGACAUCUAUGAAAAAGAAGCAGCCAUUGAGGUAGACUACAGCUCCCUACAAGAGGAUUUGAAGGCUCUACAAACGGAUAAAGAAGUGGAGGCCCGCCUCAGACUCCUGCUGCAGCAGGUGGCGUCCCAGGAGGAGGUCCUGUUGAAGACGGCGGCCCCAAACCUGAGAGCCCUGGAGAACCUGAAGACCGUCAGGGACAAGUUCCAGGAGUCCACAGACGCUUUUGAGGCCAGCAGAAAGGAAGCCAGAAUGUGUAGGCAAGAGUUUGAACAGGUGAAAAAAAGGAGAUACGACCUUUUCAGCCAGUGUUUUGAGCACGUCUCAGUCUCCAUUGAUCAAAUCUACAAGAAGCUCUGCAGAAACGUCAGCGCCCAAGCAUUUCUUAGCCCAGAAAACCCAGAAGAGCCUUACCUAGAGGGAAUCAGCUAUAACUGCGUGGCUCCAGGCAAACGGUUCAUGCCAAUGGACAAUCUGUCGGGGGGAGAAAAGUGUGUGGCGGCUUUGGCCCUCCUGUUCGCGGUGCACAGUUUUCGGCCCGCUCCGUUCUUUGUCUUAGAUGAAGUGGACGCAGCCCUGGACAACACGAACAUUGGCAAAGUCUCAAGUUACAUCAAAGAGCAGACUCAGGAGCAGUUUCAGAUGAUAAUCAUUUCCCUAAAAGAGGAGUUCUAUUCCCAGGCCGAUGCGCUGAUAGGCAUCUACCCGGAGUUCGACGACUGCAUGUUCAGCAGAGUUCUGACCCUGGAUCUUUCCCAGUAUCCAGACACUGAAGGCCAAGAAAGCAGCAAAAGAAACCAAGAGUCGCGUUAGGACCACGAGUGCCCCCUGAGCACCUGGGGGUGUCCGUGACCUGGGUCGCGGUCACGGCUGCCUAGUUGUUGCUCUUGAAUGACAGACUGCUGGAGCAGUCGGGACAGCCUGGGCCGCUGUAGCUCGCGUCCAUCAUUCGGGCCCCCUUCCCAUGGGUAAGGUUUCCUGAGGUAGUGUUGAGCGAAUUAUUAAAAAAAAAAAGUGUAAUUUUGUGUCAUUCUGAAAGCCAGUCAGAAUAAUUUUGGAUUCUGCAUUAUUUUCACUUAGGUCUUGCCUAGUAUGUUUAAGUAAUCUUUCAGGGAAACUCUUGGUUCUCAAAUAUUGUUAGUUAUAGAACGUUGAACCUGGGUUUUAUGGGAAGUUAUUUCAGGGGAACUGAUGUCAAUACAGGAAAUCUCAGUAAAGAAUAUUCUAACUGCA